GCGCCAGCACUGGCUGAACCGGCCCAAUGGAGAGGGCCGGGGCUGUGGUCCGUAGUCUGGACUGGCUGUCGUGGCCCUUGCUGAGUAAGAGGAGGGUCAGACACGCAAAUUUCACCUCGGGCUUCGGAACUUGCCUCCCAGCUGGUCCUCUGGGGCCAGCAUUGUUGGUGUACAUGCAUUAUUCAGCUUCGAUCAAAUUUCAGCGGCGGACGGCUUUUGUGCAACAUAUAUAAAAGCGUUAUCGUCUGCCACCCCGGAGGAGAGCUGCCUUUCCUGGGUCGCCUCCCUGCCUCUGUCCUUUCCCUAUCCUCCCUUGUAAUUUUUCUUCUUCUUAUUCCUUCUGCUUUCUCCCUUCCUUCUCCUUCCUUCUUUUUUCUCUAUUAGUAGAUGCUCUUUAACAAAGUCUUCAACCGUAUCACGAGUCUGAAGAACGCGCACCAAAACUACACAUAUCUGUCCAAAAUGAGUUUCGCCACCCUUACUUUCCCAGUUAUCAACGAAAAAUACGAACAGCCAACCGGUCUUUUCAUCGGCAACGAGUUCGUCAAGGCCAAGUCCGGCAAGACCUUUGAAGUCACGUCCCCGAUCGACGAAUCCGUGCUCUGCGAGCUCCAGCAGGCUGAGUCCGAAGAUGUUGAGGUGGCUGUUCAAACCGCAUACAAGGCAUUCAAGUCCUGGAGAUUCACCCCUCCAAACGAGAGAGGCAAGCUCUUGAACAAGUUGGCUGAGUUGAUCGACGAGGAAAAAGAAACCUUGGCCAGAAUUGACUCGUUGGACAACGGUAAGGCUCUACACUGUUCCAGAUUCGACGUGAACAUUGUUGCUGAGUACAUCAGAUACUGUGCAGGCUUCUGCGACAAGCUCGACGGUAGAACCAUCAUCACCGACACCGAACAUUUCACUUACACGAAGAGAGAGCCUCUUGGGGUCUGCGGUGCCAUCACCCCAUGGAAUUUUCCUCUGUUGAUGUUUGCCUGGAAAAUUGGUCCAGCUUUGGCCACCGGUAACACCGUCGUUUUGAAGCCAGCCAGUGCCACCCCAUUGUCCAACCUAUAUGCCUGUACUUUGAUCAAGAAGGCCGGCUUCCCACCAGGUGUCGUCAACGUCAUCCCAGGUUCCGGCAGAGGUUGUGGUAACGCCAUUUUGCAACACCCAUUGAUCAAGAAGGUUGCCUUCACUGGUUCCACCGAGGUCGGUAAAACCGUCAUGAAGGAAUGUGCCAACACCAUCAAGAAGGUCACUUUGGAAUUGGGUGGUAAGUCUCCAAACAUUGUCUUCCAAGACUGUAACGUCGAACAGACCAUCCAGAACUUGAUCACCGGUAUUUUCUUCAACGGUGGUGAAGUCUGUUGUGCAGGUUCCAGAAUCUACAUUGAAGCAAGAGACGAAAAGUGGUACAAUGACUUCCUGGCCAAGUUCAAGACUGCAAUCGAGAAGCUGAAGAUUGGUAACCCAUUCGAAGAAGGCGUCUUCCAAGGUGCCCAAACUACCCCAGACCAAUUCCAAACCGUGUUGGAUUACAUCAAGGUGGGUAAGGACUCUAAGCUUAAGCUGUUGACUGGUGGUAACAGAAUCGGUACCAAAGGUUACUUUGUUGAACCAACCAUUUUCUACGACGUUGCUCAGGACUCCAAGUUGACUGAAGAAGAGAUCUUUGGUCCUGUCGGUGUCGUUGUGCCUUUCAAGACUGUCGACGACUUGAUUGAAAAGGCCAACGACUCCUUGUUCGGUUUGGCUGCAGGUAUCCACACUGAAGACUUCAACAAGGCAAUCUACGUCAGUGACAGAGUCGAGGCUGGUUCCGUCUGGGUCAACACCUAUAACGACUUCCAUCCAAGUGCUCCAUUCGGUGGCUACAAGGAGUCUGGUAUUGGUAGAGAAAUGGGUCUCGAAGCGUUUGACAACUACACUCAAACCAAGUUGGUCAGAGCUAAGGUCAACAAGCCAACUUUCUAAUCAGGGAUUAGUGGCUUUUGACAGCGUCUUUAAAAAACAAAAAAAGAAACAACAUCAACAACACGUUAUAUAUUAUCAUCUAGUAUGCCUAUAU